AUGGCGAAAUUUGCCGAAGAUACAGGCUUUAAAUUUCUAACCUCGACACCAUAUUAUGCGCAAGCAAAUGGUCAGGUUGAAGCGGCAAACAAAAACAUCAUUGCCAUUAUCAAACGAAAAAUCAAGGCAAAGCCAAAGAAUUGGCCUGAAAUUUUAGGCGAGGCUUUGUGGGCCUGUCGAACAUCUCCCAAAGAAUCGACAAACACUACACCUUUUAGGUUAACAUUUGGUCAUGAUGCCGUGUUACCAGUAGAGAUUUUGCUGCAAUCAGUCAGAAUCCAAAGGCAAUGCGAAAUACCGGUCAAUCAUUAUUGA